GAUAUAUAAAAAUAGACAACUUAAGUAUAUACACCCUUUAUUCAUUCGAUCUGUGAAUUGCUUCAUAUUGAAGUUUCCUACUGUCAUUCUUAAAAAAUCGCGGUUUUUGUCGGUUACGCGUGAAAAAACGCCGUUUUUCCGGUUCUUCAAGUUAAUAACGACUGUGAAUUGAUUUAUCGAAAUUGUCCGGAAAUGGAUAGCACUACUAGAAUCGCCAAGGAUCUCCUUUCGAAAGAAGAGGGUCUGGAGAGAGAGAAUGUUAUGUACAAGACAAAUCCUAUAGAAGGCGUACAUGAUGCUUGGAAGUUGAAAGAAACAAAAAUCAAGAGAGUCGAGUCCCCUACCAUGGAUUCACCACCGAUAUCUCCAUACAUAGAGCUUCGUAAUGCAGAAAAAGAUUUACAAUUAACUGAACGAAGAUUGGCCAAAAAAAGGAAGGACCUGAUUUCAAGGAAGGAUGUUUUGGACACCCAAUGGUUCGAACUUUCCCAAAGAGAGAAAGCUCUGAGGGACAAUUUCAUCAUAUUCAGCAAGUUUCUCAAAACCAACCUGGAAAAACGUGAAAGGGCCAUGAAGAAGAUUCAGACGGACACUGAGAACGUCCAGAACCGUACUGCCGAAAUAAACCUCCUUAGGGAGAAAUACAACGUCAAAUUGCAAGAAUUUCGUUUGAUGAGGCAGGAAAUACAGAAACAUUCGAUAUAUCCAGCAUUCCUGGAAGAAGUGAUGGAUUUGGUUAGUGGCGAGUUCAAAGACAUAGAGGAUCUGCCUAAACGCAUGGAAGUCCUCCUUAUUGCUAGAGAAAAGUUGACGAAGCACCAAGCCGAACUGCUUAAUAGUCUGGAGUGCUCCAAAAGGGUCAUGGGACAAUUUAUGGAAUCCAAAAUACUACAGAUAAUAGGCCUCAAUAACACUAUAGCCUGUCUGCAAUACGCCCACGAUGAUGCAAUCAAUCGUACAAUAGAACUGGAUAACAUGGUGGUCAAUCUCAAAACGACCAUUUUGAAAUAUGCUACUGAUCUUACUGCCAACAAGGCAGCAAUCAAGAAUUUGUACUCUCAAAUGUGUUCGAAGCAGAAGGUGGUAGAGAAGCACAGGCACAAGAAUGUUAUUAAUCAGUUGGCUGAGGUCAAUCAAGCUAUGAAAGACUAUGCAAAGAUAAUUUCACUUAUGAGAAGAAGGAGUAGGAGGGAGAGCAGACUUUCUAGAAAAAUUCAGUAGCUUUAUUAUGCCGUCUUAAAAUAAAUUGAUUUGAGUUUA